GGGCGCCGGCUGCGCAUCUGGUUCCGCUUCCUCCGCCGCGGGGAAGUGAAAGCGCGGGGAGGGCGCCGCGGUCGGCGCCCGGCAGCCCGGCGGGGCAGGGGCGGGCGCGCAGGUGUGCGGCGGGCGUCCCCCCCGGCCCCCCGGCCCCCCGGCCCCGCGGUUCCCGCAGCAGCUCCCGGCCGGGGCGGCCGCGUGGGGCCAGGGCCGGGGCCUGGCCGGGCGGGGAGGGCAUGGGGCGGGGGGGGGAGCGCUGCGGGAAGGCGGAGGAGGGGCCGCGCGCCGGGACCGCCGCCCCCGGCCCGGCCCCGGCGGUCCCCCCGCCGCGCGCCCUCGGGCCGACUUCCGCCCGCGCAGCUUCCCCUCCCGGGUUUCGGGAAGUCCCCUCCCUUCCCCUCCGCGGCGCCCCACGCCUCCAGUCCUCCGCUGCAGCCACCCACCGAGCUGCGCCCCAGCUCUGCGCCCUGGGGCUCGGGGACCCCCGGGGCCCCCACUCUCGGGUUGGGCCAUGGCGGCAGGUGAGAACACAGUCGCUCCAGGCCCGUGGGGCUCCCGUCUCCCUCCCUGGGCUCCGCGGAGGAGGGCAGACGGCUCUGGACCCAACUUCAGGAUCGUGGAGAUGCAGUGAGUGAGGGGGGGGCCAUGGCGGAGGAGCGGCCCCCCCGGCUGGUGGAUUACUUCGUGAUAGCCGGGCUUUCCGGGAGCGGAGCACCCAUCCCCGAGGAGCCGUGGGUUCCCGAGCCCAGCGGGCCCCUGCGCCCUCCGCGGCCGGCUGAUCCCAUCACGGAUGUGGCGGUCAUUGCCAGGGCCCUGGGCGAGGAGGUGCCCCAGGGUUACACCUGCAUCCAGACCUCUGCUGGGGGCCACCCCUUGGAACUCAGCGCUGGGCUCCUGGGUGGAACUCAGCCCGUCAUCUGUUACCGCAGGGGCCGUGACAAGCCCCCUCUGGUGGAGCUGGGGGUGCUGUAUGAGGGGAAGGAGCGACCCAAGCCCGGCUUCCAAGUGCUAGACACGACGCCCUACAGCCACUCGGCCAAUCUAGCCCCUCCCGGCCCAGGGCACCCCCGCACCUACCUCACUUACCGGCGGGCAGCAGAGGGGGCAGGGCUGCACGCCCUGGGCAUCACUGACCUCUGCCUGGUGCUGCCCAGCAAGGGCGAGGGCACCCCUCACACCUACUGCCGACUGCCCCGCAACCUCAACCCUGGCAUGUGGGGUCCAGCGGUGCACCUGUGCUACAAGGUGGGCCUGGCCAAGGCUAACACACUGGUGUACGAGGCAGAGCUGCUGGGCCGCUACCCGGAGGAGGACAACGAGGCCUUCCCGCUGCCCGAGUCGGUGCCCGUCUUCUGCCUGCCCAUGGGGGCCACUGUCGAGUGCUGGCCUGCCCAGACCAAGUACCCCGUGCCCGUCUUUUCCACCUUCGUGCUCACGGGUGCAGCUGGAGACAAGGUGUACGGGGCUGCCCUGCAGUUCUACGAGGCGUUCCCGAGGGCCAGGCUGUCGGAGCGGCAAGCACGGGCCCUGGGCCUCUUGAGUGCGGUGGAGCGUGGCCGGGCGCUGGGAGGCCGGGCCGUGCGCAGCCGCCGCGCCAUUGCUGUGCUGUCCCGCUGGCCUGCCUUCCCGGCCUUCCGAGCCUUCCUCACCUUCCUCUACCGCUACUCCGUCUCGGGCCCCCACCGCCUGCCCUUGGAAGCGCACAUCUCUCACUUCAUUCACAACGUCCCCUUCCCCUCCCCACAGAGACCUCGCAUCCUGGUACAGAUGUCUCCCUAUGACAACCUGCUUCUCUGCCAGCCUGUGUCCUCACCCCUGCCCCUCAGUGGUGCCAGCUUCUUGCAGCUGCUGCAGAGCCUAGGCCCGGAGCUGGCCGUCACCCUGCUGCUGGCCGUGCUCACGGAGCACAAGCUGCUGGUGCACUCGCUGCGGCCGGACCUGCUCACCAGCGUCUGCGAGGCCCUGGUGUCGAUGAUCUUCCCGCUACACUGGCAGUGCCCCUACAUUCCGCUGUGCCCACUGGCGCUGGCGGACGUGCUGAACGCCCCCGUGCCCUUCAUCGUGGGCAUCCACUCCAGCUACUUCGAUCUACAUGACCCACCUGCCGACGUCAUCUGUGUGGAUCUCGACACCAACACGCUGUUCCAGACUGAGGAGAAGAAGCCCCUCUCCCCUCGGACCCUGCCCCGCAGACCCUACAAGGUUCUGCUGGCUACGCUGACACACCUCUACCAGCAGCUGGACCAGACGUACACUGGCCCCGAGGAAGAGGCGUCCUUGGAGUUCCUGCUGACGGACUACGAGGCCGUGUGCGGCCGCCGGGCCCGGCUGGAGCGCGAAGUCCAGGGAGCCUUUCUCCGCUUCAUGGCGUGUCUGCUCAAGGGCUACCGGGACUUCCUGCGCCCCCUCACCCAGGCCCCCUCCGAGGGCGCUCGAGAUGUCGACAACCUCUUCUUCUUGCAGGGUAGUCGGGGCGUCUCGGGAGGGCUGUCCGGGGGCUGGGGGUCCCGGAGCCACUUGCUUGCUCGUUCCUUCGCUCGGCAAAUGUCUCAAUGGGCACAGGCUUCCUCAAGUCCCGGGAGCGCUCCAGCCACAAGCUGUACUGCCAGCUGCUGCGCACACAGAUGUUCUCGCAGUUCAUCGAGGAGUGCUCCUUCGGCUCCGCCCGGCACGCCGCCCUGGAGUUCUUUGACUCGUGCGUGGACAAGGUGCACCCAGAGCAGGACAAGCCUGAGCCGACGCCCUUGGUGGAGCUGGAGGAGCUGUCGGGGAGCGAGCUCACCGUCUUUAUCACCCCUCCCGAGGAGCCCCCAGCACCAGAGGGCAGUGAAUCCGCCCCCCAGUACUGCUACGACGGCUUCCCGGAGCUACGGGCCGAGCUGUUUGAGUCUCCUCAGGAGCAGCCCGGGGCUCUGCCCGUGCCGGGCCCGACCCGCAGUGCCCCCAACAGCCCUGCCCCCCGCCGUACCAAACAGGCGUCCCCGCCCCAUCCAGGAGAUGAAGGUGGCCCAGCGGAUGGCACAGAAGUCGGCGGCCGUGCCCGAGCUGUGGGCCCGGUGUCUGCUGGGGCACUGCUACGGGCUGUGGUUCCUGUGUCUGCCCGCCUACGUGCGGUCGGCGCCCUCCCGCGUGCAGGCUCUGCACACGGCCUACCACGUGCUGCGCCAGAUGGAGAGCCGCAAGGUGGUGCUGCCGGACGAGGUGUGUUACAGGGUGCUGAUGCAGCUGUGCUCCCACUACGGGCAGCCCGUGCUGUCGGUGCGAGUCAUGCUGGAGAUGCGGAGGGCCGGCGUCGUGCCCAACACCAUCACCUACGGCUACUACAACAAGGCUGUGCUGGAAAGCAAGUGGCUGUCUGGUACGCCGGGCGGACGCCUGCGCUGGGCCAAGCUCCGGAACGUUGUCCUGGGGGCCGCUCAGUUCCGCCAGCCCCUGAGGGAACGGCGGCGGCGGCGGCAGCAGCAGCAGGCGGCUGCGCCAGAGGCAGGCGGCGCCCAGACAGAGCCUCGUCUGGAGCGUCACUCCCCUACCCGCCCGCUUCAGCGCCAGACCACUUGGGCUGGUCGAAGCUUUCGGGACCCAGCUUCACCCACAGGGCGCCUGGUGAAAAGCGGCAGCCUGGGCAGUGCCCGCGGGGCCCAGCCCACCGUGGAGGCCGGCGUGGCCCACAUGAUCGAGGCCUUGGGAGUCCUGGAGCCCCGGGGGUCCCCUGUACCCUGGCGAGACGGAAGCCUCUCCGACCUGAGCUUGACCGGGGAGGAGCCGGCGUCUGGGGGCAGCCCGGAGGACUCAGGCUCUGCCCUGAGCACCCAGUCCACUGAGGCCCCGGAAGGGCUGAGUGGGCGGACGCCCAAGGCUGGUGGGCGUCAGGACGAGGCCCGCACCCCCAGACGAGGGCUGGGCACCCGCCUGCAACAGCUGCUCACCCCUUCCCGCCGCCCCCCUGCCUCGCGCGGCCCCCCGCCCGAGCUGCCCCCUGACGCACCUCCCCCAGCCCGCCGCAGCCCCAUGGACAGCCUCCUGCGCCCCCGCGAGCGCCCUGGAUCCACCGCCUCUGAGAGCUCAGCCUCUCUGGGCAGCGAGUGGGACCUCUCCGAGUCUUCUCUCAGUAGCCUGAGCCUUCGCCGGUCCUCAGAGCGCCUCAGUGACACCCCUGGGUCCUUGCAGCCGCCCUCCCUGGAAAUCCUGCUGUCCAGCUGCUCCCUGUGCCGGGCCUGUGACUCGCUGGUGUACGACGAGGAGAUCAUGGCUGGCUGGGCACCUGAUGACUCCAACCUCAACACCGUCUGCCCUUUCUGCGCCUGCCCCUUCGUGCCCCUGCUCAGCGUCCAGACCCUGGAUUCCAGACCCAGGGCCCCCAGCCCCAAGCCUGCCCCUGCCAGUGGCAGCAGAGACGCUCCUGUCCCCGGGGGCCCAGGCCCUGUGCUCAGUGACCGCAGGCUGUGCCUCGCCCUGGAUGAGCCCCAGCUCUGCAAUGGGCACACGGGGGGCACCUCCCGGCGGGUGGAGGCUGGAGCCUGGGCGUAUCUGAGCCCUCUGGUGCUGCGGAAGGAGCUGGAGUCGCUGGUGGAGAACGAGGGCAGUGAGGUGCUGGCAUUGCCUGAGCUGCCGGCUGCCCACCCCAUCAUCUUCUGGAACCUCCUGUGGUAUUUCCAGCGGCUGCGGCUGCCCAGUAUUCUGCCCUGCCUGGUGCUGGCCUCCUGUGAUGGGCCCCCACCCCCCCAGGUCUCGUCCUCUGCCCGCCACCUCCUGAACCCGCCCCCUUCGUCUUGGCCCCUGCAGGCCCCGUCUCCCUGGCUGACACCUGACCCGGCGUCUGUGCAGGUGCGGCUGCUGUGGGAUGUCCUGACCCCUGACCCCAGUAGCUGCCCACCUCUCUAUGUGCUCUGGAGGGUCCACAGCCAGAUCCCGCAGCGGGUGGUAUGGCCAGGCCCCGUGCCCGCACCCCUUAGCAUGGACCUUCUAGAGUCGGUGUUGCGCUACGUUGGCCUCAGCGAAGUACACAAAGCCGUGGGGCUCCUGCUGGAAACUCUGGGGCCGCCUCCCACAGGCCUGCAUCUGCAGAGGGGCAUCUACCGUGAGAUCUUAUUCCUGACAAUGGCCGCUCUGGGCAAGGACCACAUGGACAUAGUGACCUUCGACAAGAGGUACAAGUCUGCCUUUAACAAGUUGGCCAGCAGCAUGGGCAAGGAGGAGCUGAGGCAGCGGCGGGCACAGAUGCCCACUGCGAAGGCCAUCGAUUGCCGGAAAUGUUUCGGAGCACUUCUGGAAUGCUAGGGACCCUUAAGCUUUCAUCUCCCACCUGGGGUGGGGAGGUGAGAGAGAAAGGGUUCCAGAGAUAACCUGCUUCCCUACUCCUUCCAUACAGGAGUUGGUGACGGCCUGGCAGGCAGGCCCAGCCAUAGGCACCGAGUGCAUGGGCAGCAGGAAGUGGGACCCACUGUGACCAAAAGUCACAGUCCCCUAUCUGCGGCCUGCCCAGUGUGCUCACGCUGAUGUUAUAGGAGGUGGGGGUGGCGUAGGGGAGUUGGCACAGUUCUGCUCUUCCCCAAAUUGUACCAGGAACUCUCUUCCAGGGCACCCACAGAUCUGCACUGCCCUGGUCGCGUUACAAGUUUUUGUUUUAAAAAACAACUGGAAAAAUACAGAGCUACUGAGCCUUUGCCCUGAAUGGGAGGGAGGGAUGUCAUCCCACCAGUGAUGGUUCUUCUUCCCCAGAAUUGCCGAAGUAGCCCGAGGCUCUCCGUUACACCUUCCUACCUUAGUGUUUGUAUUUUAAGUUAUUUAUUUUGGAGCCAUAGCCCCUUGCUUAGGAGGCUCUUAGGGAUGGUGAGAAAGAGAAGGGACACGGGGCACCAUGGUUCAGUGGCUUGUAGCUGCGGAAGAGGCAGGGGCCAUCUAGAGGAGCCCCAGACCCCCCUCAGGAAGAACUAAAGCCCCGUCCAGUCCAGUCCUUCCCGCCCAGGGCCCGGACCGUGCAAUAAGGGUCGUUCCUUGCAAAGUUUUGUUGGAUGUAAAUAUAGUAAAAGCUGCUUCUGUCUUUUUC